AUGAUAAAGAGUACAGCAGGUCGAGUCAGUCAGAGCCACACGUAACGUAACUGCGUGGAGGUGUUGUCGAGCUAUAAAGGCUGACUCGAAUUUCAGUGAGAAGUGGACUUGAUUAUUGAGUUCAGGAAGCAGACACGAUAGCACUUGUCACAAUUGAACUGGUAAUGAUGGCAGGAGAUGGAGAUUCAUGGAAGCGGUGUGGCGUGUGUGACAAUGAUUAUGACUCUCUACAUCAUGUGCCUGUCUUCCUCCCUGCCUGUGGCCACACCUUUUGCUGCCCUUGCCUGAUCAAAAUCAACAAUAUCAAUGAGAAGCUCAAUUGCCCCAUCUGCAGAGAGCCACAUUGUGGUACAUCACCAGAGAAUCUGCCCAAAAACAGAGCGGUGUUGGAUAUGCUACCACCCAAGUCACAGCGAGAUGAACAGCACCAUACUGAUAAAGGUGCUCCGAAGGACCCCUCCCCACCCAGCAACCCUCAAUCAUCUAAGUCCAAGCUUCACCAUACUGAUAAAGGUGCUCCGAAGGACCCCUCCCCACCCAGCAACCCUCAAUCAUCUAAGUCCAAACCUCCUCCUAAAGCCUCAAAGGGCUGGAUCUAUGGUCUGGGUAUUGCUGCAGGUGCUGUAGGUGCUGUGGUUGCAGCACCUGUUGUACUGACAGGCAUAGGCUUCACCUCAGCUGGGAUUGCUGCAAGCUCAAUUGCUUCAGCCAUGAUGUCUUCUGCUGCUAUAGCUAAUGGGGGUGGUGUUGCUGCCGGCGGUUUGGUGGCUGUGCUACAAUCAGCUGGUGCUGCAGGUAUUGGUUUAGGUGCCAAUGCUUGUAUAGCUGGUGCUGGUGCUGCCGUGGGGGCUGGUGUUGGUGCUGUCGCUGCAAAGGUUGUCAAGGACGUAUCAGAUGAGAAGAGCGAUGGGAAAGAUAAUGAUGGCGAGUAGGAAGGGAGGAAUGUAAUUGAAAAGGUAAUACAGGUUGUACAAAACCAGUGACUGAUUGGUUCUACAUAUAAAACUGAAGAAAAUAAGACCCUGAUUGUAGCUGUAGUAAAAUUAAUGUAAACAAAUUAA